AUGUCAAUUUUAUUUGUGCCAAAAUCAGUCAAUUUUAUCCUACAUUUUAACGUAAUCGUAUUUUUGAUAUUUAUAAUUUCCAUUCAAUACCAUGUUGUCAACUGUUUGUCUGACUCUGAUGGGGACACUAAGUUACUGCCAACCAUUAUGAUUGCUUUGUUGGCACGAAACAAAGCGCACACUUUGCCAAAUUUCUUUGCUUAUUUAGAAAGGCUCGAUUAUCCUCGUGAUCGGAUUUCAUUAUGGAUCAGAAGUGACCACAACAUAGAUGAUACUGUUAAUGUUAUUAAAACAUGGUUGGACUAUCACAGGAAAGAAUAUCAUUCUGUAGAUUCCAUUCUUGAUGAUUCUCCAGAAGAAUUCGCUGAUGGAAAAGGAGUAUUUGAGUGGUCUCCAAUGCAUUUUAAGCAUAUAAUACAUCUAAAAGAAAAUGCUAUGCAAGCUGCCCGAAACAUGUGGGCUGACUAUAUAAUGGUUUUAGAUGUAGAUGUUUUUCUGGUCAACAAUCAAACUUUGAAGCAACUUGUUUCAGAAGAAAAAACAAUAAUUUCGCCUAUGUUGGAAACUUUGAGUGCCUACUCUAAUUUCUGGUGUGGGAUGACGGAACAGGGUUAUUACAAACGGACUGAUGAUUAUUUGCCAAUAUUAGAAAGGGAAAAAAUAGGGAUCUUUGAUGUUCCAAUGGUGCACUCAGCAGUAUUAAUUGAUCUAAGACGCAAGGAGUCCCUGAAUUUAACCUUUGAUUUUAAUAAGUUAGUGGGAUAUUCAGGUCCAAUUGAUGAUAUUAUUUUAUUUUCGUAUUCAGCCAGGACAUCUGGUGUAAAAAUGUUCAUAUCCAACAAAGAGCCAUAUGGAUAUAUGCUUGCACCCUUAGAAAAAGAAAACACCCUUGAAGAUGAUAGAGAACAACUUAUCAACUUAAAAGUGGAAAUCAUGCUGGAUUAUCCUGUCAUUCAGGUUCCAAAAGAAUUGGCACAUUUUAAUCCAGCUAAAAUGUCAGAUACAUUAGGAUUUGAUAAAGUAUAUCUGAUAAGUUUAGCACGAAGGCCGAAUAAAAGGCAAAGAAUGCUAAACACACUCUCUGUAUUGGGAAUUUCAGCUCAGUUAUUUGAUGCUUUUGAUGGCCAAGCACUGAAUGAGACAUUCAUAAAGCAAAUGGGAAUAAAAAUGCUUCCAGAGUAUGCAGAUCCAUAUCAUAAACGACCUUUGACCAAAGGAGAAAUUGGAUGCUUUUUGUCCCAUUACAACAUUUGGCGAGAUAUUAUUGAAAAUCAUCAUCGAACAGCUUUGGUGUUUGAAGAUGAUAUACGAUUUGAACCGUAUUUUAAACAGAAAGUGCACAAAAUUUUGAAGGAAAUUCAAAAAAUUGGCCUAGUAUGGGAUUUAAUCUAUCUUGGAAGAAAACGUCUGUCUGAGGACCCUGAACCGUAUGUUAAAGGAACAAACAAUCUUCUUGUUCAUGUGGAAUACUCAUACUGGACUUUGAGCUAUUUAAUAACAUUGGAAGGAGCCAGAAAGUUAGUUUCUGCUAAUCCUUUGCCGAAAUUAGUUCCUGUUGAUGAAUUUUUACCCAUUAUGUUUGAUCGCCAUCCUGAGGAAACAUGGAAAGGUUAUUUCCCUAAAAGGAAUCUACAAGCAUUCUCUGCUCAUCCACUUUUAGUCUAUCCAACUCAUUAUACUGGUGAAGAAAAUUAUGUGAGUGAUACAGAAGACUCUGAUAUUGCACAUUCAGUUGUAAAAGAUGAAUUAUAAUUCCCUCAUUAAGGAAUAUUUUAUAUAUUUAUAUAUGGUGCUGUUCAACAGCUGCAAUGCAGCUUUUUAAUUUGCCAAAUUUUUAUGCUUCUAGUCGAACAUGUUAAACUUUACACUUUGCUUAUUUUUUUAUACUCAUUUACUUAUUUACCUACUCUGUCUGUUGUAUAUGUGUUAUGUGAAAAAUAGAAACAAGAUAUUUGGGGGGAAAAUAUCAGCAAAAAGAAUCAUCAAAUGUUGUUUAAAACAGAUAAUACUGCAAAAAAAAAAAAAUCUCAAAAUGCUUCUGACACCAUUCUUGCUUAUUCUAAUGUAAAAUGACCCCCUUAAUCCAAUUAUGACUACCCUCUCACCCCAUCUCCCUCCUCCUUUUUAGAGCUAGCUCCCCCGCCCCUCUUAAAAAAAAAAAAUCUGACAGUUUUGUAGCUGUUAUUUUUAUUUGGAGGGGAAGGGAGCAUAAUAAUAACAGUUAACAAGCUUCUGAGUGGUUAGAAAGCUGCAAAUUUUAAAAACAUGAACAUUUGUUGCAAGAUGAGUAGCUUGUAAAGGUAUUCCCAAAAAUAUUUGAAAAAUCAUCAAAAAAAAUUUUUUUUUGGGGGGGGGGGGAUUUUUUAUUUUUUUGUUUUGUUUUCUUCAUAAUUUUUUGGUAUAAAACCAGAGUCAGCUUCACUCCUAUGACCCUAUAUCCAAAUAUUUUUCAUGAUGUAACUAUUGAAAAAAGAAUAUCUUGGACACAUCAUAUGUUGCAUAAUACAAGUUGAAUUGCAGAUCUUUAGUGAAGAACCUUCCCAUAUCAUUUAUAUUUAUUCAUGUUACAUUCACAGAAAUAAUGAGAUAAAAAUUUAGUAUGUUUAUAGUAUAACAAUGUAUAUUUAUAUUUCUGGGGAUGCACUACUGCCACUGUUUAUCACUACAUCAAGAACUGAUGAACAAUUUCACUCUGAGUGGAAGUGUCACUAGAAGUUCAGAAGCAGGCAAGACAUCUAUACAUGUUUGCAUAUACUGGAGGAUUGUCAAAUGACUAUAAUUCUUUUUGCAAUGUUGCAUUAAAGAGACUCAAUAUUCAACAAACAGAUGUAAGCUCUAGCUUUGGAUGUCUUUGGCCAAGUAAAUAUACAAUGUCUCUUAUAUAUUAUACUGAAAACAUUCUGUUAUGUCUGCGAGCAUGAGAUUACUGAAAAAAAAAGAAGAAAGUCAUGAGAUAGAUGACUGCUAAUAUUUAAAAGAAUGUGCAUACAAAAUCACUUAAGACUUCAGUUUUAAUUCUGCUUGACAUGUAUGUAAAAUGUCGAGCAGAUUUAUAGCUGAAAAUGUGGACUGAAAACUGAAAUGUUAUGAGAACCAAAUCCAUAACAUAAUUAAAACCAAAGAUAUGCUCUCUGGUGAAAAACAAGAAAUUGUGUUUUGUUAUUUCUCUAUCUUUUCCUAAUUCUUCAAAAAAUAAUUAAUAGUUUUUAUUUGGCAUAUUAGAGCAUGUGGAUGUUUAAGAAAAGGGAAAGUUUUUAAUGUUGAAAACAAUUUUCUGGCAUAGUUUGGUGGACAAAUGGGAUUUUUAAAUUAUGGUAUCAGGUUGAAUCAAGGAAUUGAAUUUGGCUCAUUGUGGUGAAAUUGUUUUACCUCUGAGUAAUUUUGUAAUCCCCUAAAACUAUACUAAUGUUCUUAACUUCAAUAAAAAUUUAACAUUAUAACCAGAUUAAAAUUUCAUCUUUAAUAGAAAGGCAUUAAAAUUACAUUGGUUCAUUUCUUGUAAAGAACAAUAUUUUACAUACUUUUUUUAGGAAUUUAGUUUUCACAAAAUGAAAACUUAAAAAUUUUAGAUUAUAAUAAACUGAGAUUAAAAAGUAAUGCUGUACACUUUGAAGACAGUUCAGACAGUUGAACGCUAUGAAAGCAAAAAUUUCAGAUGCUGUUAAGGAUGCUAAAAGAUUGCACAUUUUGACACGUAGGUGCUAUUUCUGAGCCACAUAUCGCAGGGCUGCCAACUGCUCUGCAUCUUGCAGAGUUGCUCUGCAAAAAUGCAGAAAUUCCGCAAAGAAGUUCCAUCAUGCCAUCCUUCUAGUUGCUCUGCUCUUAAUUUGCUAAUCUUCUCACUGAAAAAGAAACAAGCUCUUGUCUGCACAAUGACCAGUAAAGCUAUUCAUCACAAAAUUGUAAUCUUCAAUUAGUCCAUUCUUCUAAUAUUCAAGGUCAGAUUUUAAUUUGGCUGUUUUAGAAUAAAAUGAACAGAGAAGUUAUAUGAGACAAUCUAGCAAAUUCUCUAGUUGUUUCGUAAGUUCAUUAUUUGAGCAAGAGAAAUAUUCAUUAUCAGAAGAAGCGUUAGGAGAAAAUUUUUUGCCGUCUCGCUGGCCAUUAGAGUAAAUCAAGAAGGUCUUUGCACAAAUUUUCAAUUGUCUGCCAUCCUUUGCUACAUUCUUCUUCCAUAGCUUCAAAUCUCAUGCUAUAUUUUAAAUUCUGUGGAUUUAUUUUGUUAUUGGAACAUGAGAAUGUUUUAUUGAUAUAUCUUCCCACUGAAUAAGAGUUAAACUCUCAUCUGCAUACUGGCUAGUAAAGUUAUGUAUCACAAAAGUUUAUUCUCCAAUUUCUCCAUUUUUCCAAUAUUAAAGGUCAGAUUUUAAUUUGGCUCUUUUAGAAUAAAAUUAACAGAGAAAAUUAUAUGAUAUGAGACAAAAACCUUGCUUUGUUUUAGCACUUGCAUUAAGUCUGUUAUGCCAUUCUCAGAGUUGUUCUCCUGUCCCCUAUUGGAGAUCAGGUUUUAAUUUGAAUCAAAUUAACUGAGCUUACUUAAAGUUAUGUCGUAUAGGACAAAGACCUUGAUUUGUUUUGGUAUUACUUUUAAACCUAAUUUUGAGACAUGAUUAGCAAUUUUCCCUUUACUACCAAAAAAAAAAAAAAAACACACACACACACACACACAAGAAAAAAAUUAGAAUGCAAGCAAAAAAGGGGAAAAAAAGUGGAAUAAGACGAAAAAUAAGAAAAUCUCAUGCAUGUGAACGCAUUUGCUAUUCAAGAAUGUGUUCAAAAGAUAAUGAAAGAGAUUAAUUCUAUUUAGUUUAAACCCUUUAGUGUCUGUUGCUACAUUCAGGAUUUUAAAUGAUUUGUCAUUAAUUGCAGUUUACUGAAACUCCUUUCUGUGAAUACUUAAGUUACUAGUUAACAAAGAACUAUUCGAUAUGAUUCACAUAAUUUUCAUAACCAUUAAGUAUUGCAGUGUUUUGUUCUUAGUCUAGAUGCUGAUGCUAAAUUUCCCCUAGAGUAGUUCGCCUUGAACCAGUAAAGAUCACUCACCUUCAUAUCUCAGGUUUCAUACGUCACAUUUAAACCUUUCAUAAACGUUUUAGAGUGGUUUUUAUAAUGUUGAUAACAUUUUAAAACAUUGACGAAACGAACUGUGCCUAGGUGUAAACUUCUUGCUAAUACCAAUGGUCACAUUUCUUUAAAGAUUUUUUUCUUGUGUACUGCCCAUGUUAUCAUACUUUUCUCUCUCAGUCUUCUCUAAAAUCAUGGUCAUAGCUAUGCAGUUCUUUGGGGAUUUUUUUAUGUACUCCAAGCAAGGAAUCUAGUAGUGUUUAUCCCUUGUUGAUGGGACACCUUGUAUAUCAUCGUUUUCAUCUUCAGAUUACACUGCAAGAUAAAGGUCUCUCAUAAACACUUCUAAUCUUUCUAUAUUCUGUAAUUCUUGUGUAUUCUGAUCUUAAUAAUUUAUUCUCUAAUGGCACUGUGCUCUCUUUCUCAAUUUGCUCUUAUGUCUCAGUAUCCAAAUUGGAACUUAGGUAGUGCAUCUAUCAUCAUUUGUUAUGGCAAAAGUGGCCAGUCCAAUAUUUUAACUCACCCUAAUCAACAGGGAACUUGAUGGUAUUGAGUAAAAAACCUUGUUUUGUUAACUCCUUUGUCUCGUGAUUUAGCAAAACUGUAUAAAAUGAUUACGUGUCACCAAUAGCAUUCUACCCUGUUGAAUGUGCUCGGACAGAAACUGGACUACUGCAUAUGUUAUGUGACCAUUUAUGCAUGUAACUGCUAUAAGGGCUGUGAAUAAACUUGAAUUGUUUCUGUAUUUAGUGCAAGGUUCGUUUUUUAAAAAUUUGUCUUAGUUUUUUUUUCUAGUGUUUUGUAACUCCAGAGGGAUUUAUAAAUCUUUUAUAUGUAUCCAAAUAUUAUCUUUUGUUACACAGUUAAUUUUUUCUGAAAAAUCUGCAAAAGGAAAAUAGCAAUUCGUACUUUUUUGGUGAAACAUUUAUAUGAUACUUAUUAUUUAGAAGUAUUGUAAAUAAAGUAGUUUUUAGGCUGAUAUGUACAUGUAUGCUUAUGUAUAUUUAGGUUUCACUUAAAUUGUGGCAUUAGGCUAUCUUUUUUAUGCUUUAUUUGAAAACUAUAAUGGAAGUUCAAAAAUCUAGUUGUUACAGUUUUGUUUAAUGCAUGCAUAAAAUUGAUCCCCACUUUAGAUUUGCAGCAGUGUUCAGUGUGUUCAAAAUUGAUGUUUAGGUCCGGAUAAAGCUUAUUCUAAUGGAAGUAUGUCAUAAAAACUCAGUAGAUAUUGGAUGGGGAACAUCUGCAAUAAUUUUACUAUCUUUUGAAGGUAUGUAUGAAAAAAAAAAAAAACACAUACAAAUUGGAAACAAAGCAAUGUAUUUAACCCCUGCUUUUGCUUAAUAAGCACAUGUUUAAAUCUUGUUACCAUAGAAUUAAUUUAAAAAUGAUCAUAUCUUUUACAAAACUUGCUUUGACAUAGGUCCUUUUCGUAAGCUUUUGAAGCCCAAUAUUCUCGCAAUGCAGUUCAUAACUACUGUCGAUUUUAUAAAAUGGCUUUAUCAGUAUAGCUCAAUCUUUCUUUCCAAAAGACAUGGUACUGAAUGCAUUUCAAGUAAUUUACUCCUGUGCUCUAAAUUUUCAUACUCUCUUCUCUAACACACUCUUAAAACACCAAACCCAGUGACACAACAGCCCAUCUCAGUCUUCCUGACCAAGGGCUCUGGGUGCUAGGCAGAUGUUCGAGUUAGGUGGUCAGCCAAAUGUGGAACCCCCUGGAUUUAGUUCCCAAGCAUGCUUGGUACUCAUUUUAUUGACCCAUUGAAGGGAUGAAUGGCCGAGUCAACCCAUGCAUGACCUGGGAAUAGAACCUGGACCUGCCGCCUGGGAGCGCGAAGCGCUACCACUGAGCCACUAGGUUUCAUAACAUUUACUUAUUUGUAUGAUAUAAUAGAUACCAAUCGGUUGAAUGCACAUUAAGCAAAUGCUUUGAUUGAAUAGUGUUUUUUUUUUCUUUGUUUUUCUAUCACUUUCUGACAAGGUGGUAAAACUUUGAACUGCUAUUUUAUUGCAGAUUUCUUGUCCCUAUAACAUAUGUAUCAAGUUAAAAUUAUUUACAUCUAUUGGAACAAGUUCUAUGCAGGUCUUAACAGGGGUACUCAAAUUAUGACAACCCUGUGUAAUAAUUUUUAAUUGACAUUUCCAUGUAAAUGCAAUACCUUUAGAAAGAUCAAUAACACUUUCAAGCAUUUAAACAAUAGCUGAAUUGAUAAUAGUGCAUAAAAAAUGUAUGUAAAAGCUAAAAAAGGAUUGCUCAUUAUUGCAAAUGGAUUACGUACAAAUGCAAACAAAUUAACUGAAAUGGAUCAAGCAAGUUACACCAAAAAUGCGUAGGGAAGGGGAGAGGUUUUUUGAACAAGACUGGUCUGGUCAAUCAAUUGCUCACUUAAGUAGGGUAGAUCUAAAAAAGCAGUAAGUAGUGUACGUUUAAAAAGCAGAUUUUAACUAGACAGGUUUUGGUGACCAUGGAAGGUCAUUAGAAGUGAGGGGGGUAAGAAAGUAAUAGGAAUGCCUAGAAAUAGAAUUUUGGCGCUUGUUAAUUUAAUAUGUUUGAAUUUAUCUACAUUUAGUUAAUUAUCGGCGGUAAGUAGUAGUAAAUAUUUAUUUAUUUUUUUUAAAGAAAAAAAUGUGUGAAAGGUGGCAGAUAAGCCGCCUGACGAUAACCUGGAGUUUACUGUAAAUGUGCAAAUCAUCAAUGUUAUGUUUAGUAUGCGAAGUUCAUAGAAGCUCACUGAGCGUCUAUGAAUUUUCUGCUGAAUUCUUGACACUGAAAUUAGAUCAUUGUUUAAAACUUCCAUCAGAAACUAGAGAAACAGAAAACAGGAUGCCUUUAAAUUUCCAAUCUAAUUGACUUUUUUCAUACAUGUUUCUGUUGACAUUGUUUUACAGAUAAUUCUUUUAUAUAACUUAUGACAAUAUCUUUGCAUAAAAUGCUAUCAGAGAUUCAUAACUUUUUAGCAAUUUCAUUUUAUUUGUUUUAAAUCAUAUUUUUAAGGGCAGCUUUUUAUUGAACCCCUGUUAUAUGUCUGUUUUUUUAAUGUUCAUUUUAAAAGAAAAAUAUUUGCAGAAUGGGCAAUAACACAUUACUCUAGCCAUUUAAAUCUUUUUUUAACACUCUGAUAGUCCUGUUUUAUUUUCUAAUCACCAGUAAGUAUGAUGUAUGCAUAACCAUUAAUGAAAGAUAUUCUGAAAUAUUAUUGCACAAGACCCUCAGAGAGUUAAUAAAAGAUAUGUGAUAUUCCAAGUGCCAAACAAAAGAAAUAUUAUGAAAAUUAGAAAGUAUAAAAUGUAUCUUUUUUUCCUUUGAUUUCUAUAAAUCCUGUUUUAUAAUGCUGAAAUAAA